GAGAGUUGAGAAAUCAUUAUGGCGAUCGUCUGGAUAAGGAUUAUGGAGAAAUGAGUGCAAUAGGUUUCUUUUGUUAUUGUUAAUUUCAUAUUAAUAGAAAAAUCUCAGGGUAUUUAAUAUACUGCAAUAUAAUAAACCCUUGAAUGAAGUUUUCAAAGGAGUAUGGCGAAACACAUGCCUUCACCCGAUAGAAUAAAAUACGGCGUUGUUAUUAGUAACUACUUGGAAAACAAUCAUCAUUCUCUGAAACUGAAUGUUGGAGAUACUGUUUACAUUUUUGAUGAAAAUGGAGACUGGUACUUUGGGUGUUUGGUCAGAAACCAAUCCCAGAGAGGAUCCUUCCCAAAAGCAUUUGUUUCUACAAAGGAAAGUUUCAUUGACAGAGCAGGUCACAGUGAGAUAGUCAAGCCACAAGAACCACCAAUAGUACAAGAAAUCACAUCAGUGCUACGGGAAUGGGGUGUCUUAUGGAAACAGCUUUAUGUGACAAACAAUCCUCACUUUGAAACAAUAAGGAAUAUGAUGUAUGAACUCAUAGACUGGCGACGUCAAAUUUUGUCUGGAACACUACCUGUAGAUGAAUUGAAAGAAAUUAAACAGAAAGCAACAGUGAAAAUAGACAUUGGAAAUGCAUUGCUGGACUUAGACCUGGUAGUCAGAGAUGAAUGUGGUAGUAUCCUCAACCCUGAUACUACCAGCACUAUAAGCCUGUAUCGAGCUCAUGAAGCUGCAACCCGAAGGAUAAAACAACAGAGGUCAUUGUCAAAACUGGAUGUCCAGAACCAGACGUCUUCAUAUUGUUACUGCCAUAGUCUGUAUGUCACUGUUAAGAACUUUGUGUGUAGAGUAGGAGAUGAUGCAGACCUACUGAUGACAUUGUAUGAUGCCAAAGAAUCUAGGUUUAUCAGUGAGAAUUACCUAGUAAAGUGGGCAAAAGAAGGCUUAGCAAAGGACCUUGAUCAGCUAAAUAGUUUAAAAGUGUUAUUUACGGAUUUAGGAAGCAAAGAUUUAGCAAGAGAAAAAGUCUAUCUUGUAUGUCAGAUAAUCAGGAUAGGAUCAAUGGAAAUGAAAGAUGUUGACCACAAAAGAACUUCACAGUAUACAAAAAAAUCAUUAGAAGGUGUGAGAAGGCCAUUUGGUGUAGCAGCUAUGGAUAUUACAGAUAUCAUCAGUGGUAAAUUGGAAAGUGAUGAAGACAGACAAUAUUUUAUACCUUUUGUGCAGUGUAGCGAGAGGGAAUUUCUUGAGAAUGUCAUUAAGAAGGUGUUGUCUGCUAAAGAAAUUAGUCAGAGAGAACACAAGGGCCAGGGAUUAUGGGUGUGUAUGAAGUUGUUUCAUGGAGAUGUCAAACAAGUUCGUGAAGAACAUCCACAUCUUAUGUCCCCAUCGACUGCUGUGGCUCGCAAAAUGGGAUUUCCUGAAAUAAUCCUACCUGGUGAUGUACGAAAUGACCUGUACCUGACUCUUGUACAAGGAGAAUUUUCUAAGGGGUCUAAGUCAACAGAAAGGAAUGUAGAGGUUACAGUGAAAGUUUGCAAUGAAAAAGGCCAAGUUAUAUCAGAUGUGCUGAGUAUUGGUGCUGGAUGUUCAUCACUUAACGAAUAUCGUAGCGUUAUAUAUUACCAUGAAGAUAAGCCUAAAUGGAUGGAAACCUUCAAGGUUGCCAUUCCUAUUGAAGAAUUUUACAGUGCCCAUCUGAAGUUUACAUUCAAACAUAGAUCUUCUAAUGAUGCCAAAGACAAGUCAGAGAAAUUCUUUGCUAUGUCAUUUGUGAAACUUAUGCAAGAAAAUGGAACUACUUUGGAGAAUAAUAUACAUGAACUACUAGUGUUUAAAGUUGACCACAAGAAAUUUGAUGAAUCUGAUGUUAACUACUUAUCUCUUCCAUCAACUCAAGAAGAACUAGGAGCCCAAGUACAGCCUGGAAGUAGCUCGUUGGGAAACCUUCCAAAAUCAAUACUUGCAUCUUACCAGAAUGGAGGACUAACCCUCACUGUGAAAGAUAACUUCAGCAUUAGUACUUUGAUAUGUUCCACUAAACUUACACAGAAUGUUCAUCUCCUGGGGUUACUGAAGUGGUGGGCAAAACCAGAAGACUUGGAGAAGAAUCUAAAAGCCCUGAUGCAAGUGGAUGGAGAAGAAGUAGUUAAAUUUCUUCAAGAUACUUUGGAUGCACUGUUUAGCAUCCUGAUGCAAAACUCUGACUCAGAUUUGUUUGAUAACCUGGUUUUUGAGACAUUGCAACAAUCUAGUUCAUUAUUGUGGUGGAAAUUGGACAAAGACACAAUUCUAAUACUAUCCCAGGUACCUUGAAGAUUUCUAUCAACCACUG